UCAAACCAGGUUCAAAGUCGAAGACGACGCUCCCCGGCUCGUCAGUAUCAAUCGUGACCCCUUCGCAGCUUGGGCAUGUAUCCGUCUCGACCGCCUGAGGCCGGGCUACCGCUUCAUCCACCUCAUCGACCCCAAGGGCAACCCGACACGUGGUGUCAUUUUGGUCCGCAUCGAAAAGGUCCUGCGAUGAACCGGGAAUGACAUGACUGCAUGGUAACACGGCACGAGUUUCUCGGAGCAAACUUCGGGGAUGGGUUCGUGUUGGCGAGAGGCGGCCGACCGUGUUGUUUGCGCAAGGCUGCAGAUUCGUCAUUUUCAUCCACUCGGUUUUCAUAUUUUUUGGCCUUUUAUUUUCUCCAUCUGGCCCCCUCUGCGCUGCUGUCCCCAACAGAUGGGGACAAACUGCAUUUUAUUCGUCACUCGUAUAGGGGAACCCCGUAGGCUCGGAGUUUUAUUCUCAUCAGUCGGGUACAAAGACACGAAAAAGCGGGCGACGGGCAUAUCUGUGAGAAAUUGGGAAUUGUAUCAUCGCGCUGCACAACUACUCGGGGGAAGAGUACCACCACCUUCGGGACUCUCGCGUCGGAGACGCUGUCAUGACGGAAUGUAUGUCAGUCUGAUGAUGGAGCAACAGGACAGGCAUCAGAUUGAUGGGACAUCAAUCAUAUCUGUUACAGUCGUCAGUAUUUCUCUUGAUUUGGGAUACCCAGAAUUACACCACAGGCACCAACUGUACUGUGGUGUAGUCGUUGUUGACUUUGGACACCAUGGGCCAUGAUCAUCAUCUAUGUUUCAGAGUAUGUUUGUUGCAUAUACUUCGAGGAGGGCUUAGAGAAUAAUGAUUCAACUAGUAUAACACAAUGAGGAACCCUGAUUCAUCCGAUAUUCUAUUCUGGUACUUU